CCGCCAUGUUAGCUGUGACGUCACCAAACAGGAAGCGAGCUCGCUAUUCUCUGGUGUCUGCGGGAGGCUCGCGGACCAAAACAACUCUUCCUCCACGUUCAUUCCUCAUCUUCCUCCUCUCGGACCAUGGACGGGUGAGCGCGGGAAAACCUCCCGAACCCCUCGCGACCGUUCCCGCCUUCGUUUUUCCUUCCUUCCUCCCUCCGUUUCCUUGGUGACCGAGCCGCACCUGCGCGAGCCCCCCUCUUGUUUCUUGUUGUUUACUGGUUUACGGCUCCUCGAGCAGCAUCUCCUGUCCCCCUCUGGUUCUGUUUUGGUGAAGAGUGUCGCGAGCAAACAGCGCACUAUUGAAUUCGCUGAAAUCUCGCGAUGAUUGAGCUGGAGUUCAGAUUGUCUGUCAGCUGCUCUGCGAACAUGAGCUCCACCCACCUGCCCACAGUAGAUGGCACUGAAAGGGUGUGUGUUUCUGAGCAUGCUCAGUGUGUCCCCUCUCGGGUCCUUCACCUGCGUCAUCUACCUGCAGACGUCUCUGAACAGGAACUGCUUGCUGUGGCGCUUCCCUUUGGGCGAGUUAUUAAACUGAUCACACUGAGGGCCAAAAACCAGGCGUUUUUGGAGAUGGCAUCAGAGGAGGCAUCCGUUGCUAUGCUGAACUACUACGCCUCGGCCACGCCCACCAUCAGGAACCAGCCAAUCUUCAUUCAGUACUCCACCCACCGAGAGCUGAAAACUGACAAUCUGACCAAUCAGAGGCCUCAGGCCACGCUGCAGACCAUCAGCACAGCAGCAGUGCAUUCUGGGAACAUGGCAUCAGGAGGAGAGGGGCGGGGCCUGAGUCCCGUCCUGAGAAUCAUCGUGGAGAAUUUGUUUUACCCGGUGACCCUUGAGGUCCUGCAGCAGAUCUUCAGUAAGUACGGCUCCGUGUUGAAGAUCAUCACCUUCUCCAGAAACAACCAGUUUCAGGCUCUCCUGCAGUUCAGCGAGGCCGUGCACGCUCAGCAUGCCAAGGCUUCUCUGGAUGGUCAGAACAUCUACAACGGCUGCUGCACGCUGAGGAUCGACUUCUCCAAACUGAGCACGCUCAACGUUAAGUACAACAACGACAAGAGCCGCGACUUCACCAGAACCGACCUGCCGACCGGAGAGCUGGAGCCUACCGCCACCUUCGGUGUAGCUCUGCCGCCGUAUGGAGCAACAGCAUUCCCCCCCACCUUCCACCAACACACAGGUCUGUCAGUGACGGCCGUCCCCGGCUCGCUGGUGUCUCCUCCUCGUGUGGCGCUGCAGGUGACGCCUCCUGCUGUCCACUCGGUGCUGCUGGUGUCGAACCUAAACCCAGAGAGUGUCUCGCCUCACUGCCUCUUCAUCCUGUUCGGUGUUUACGGGGACGUCCAGAGAGUGAAAAUCCUCUUCAAUAAGAAGGAGAACGCUCUUGUACAGAUGAGCGACGCCACUCAGGCUCAGCUUGCAAUGAGUCACCUAAAUGGGCAGCGUCUCCAUGGCAACGUGAUCCGGGUGACACUGUCCAAACACCCAAUGGUGCAGCUGCCUCGAGGGGGGGCGGGGCAUGAGGAGCAGGAAUUGACUCGGGAUUUCUCAGGCUCCGCCCUCCACCGCUUCAAAAAACCCGGAUCCAAAAACUUCAGCAACAUCUUCCCACCAUCUGCGACGCUCCACCUCUCCAACAUCCCUUCCUCGAUCAGCGAGGAGGCGUUGAAGGAUUUAUUCUCCUCCAGAAGGUUCUCGGUAAAAGCCUUCAAGUUUUUCCAGAAGGACAGGAAGAUGGCUCUGAUGCAGCUGGCGUCCGUGGAGGAGGCUAUUGAUGCUCUGAUCGCGCUACACGACCACCAGCUGGACCACAACCAGCACCUGCGCGUCUCCUUCUCCAAGUCCACCAUCUGACCCCCUGGAGCUCAGUAGCCAAUCAGAGCGUCGGUCUCUGGGCAGGGACAGACCAAUGGGAGAGCUCUGGUACACCGACCAUCUGUCUGUGCCUACAAACUGCCAAAUGUCACGGCCAGCACUUGUUACCAUGGUUACAGAUUACGCAGCACAUUCCAGAACAGACUGAGGAGCACAGCAUUGUGGGUAAUGGAGUCCAACACGGAGCUGGUGUUUGAUGUUUUCAUGUGUAAAUAAUGUAAGAAAACAACCUGUUCAUCCUUCAGUCGCCGUGGAGACACAUCUGAUCAGAUGUUUAUUUUGUUUUCAGUUCAAACAUCCUGCUUUCUAAUUGGCUGAAAAUCUUCUUGUCCUUGUUCUGAUGGUUUCCAGCGAUGACGCCGUCUCUGCGGCGGCGUCUGGGACGUCUUCUGUGCCUUACUUUCUGGAAGUUUCUGGAGUUUUUUUAACGGCUGUCGGAGUGUUUGUGUUCUUGUUUUUGUAGAUUUUUUUUACUGAGGUUGAAACUUUUUUAUCUGGAUGAGUUUCUACUGAACAUGUGACGCUCCUGAAGCCCCGCCCAGCUGCAUGCAUAAGUGGUGAUAGGUUGAGUUCUUGUGUUUGUCUUCACAACACAGAUGGUGACAAAUGAAAGCCGAUCAGCUCUUAUUGGUCCUGACAGCGGUCCAACCGCCAAUGUUUCCUUCACUUCCUGAUAACCGAUCAUUAUUGACGAUAGAAUGAUUUCUCUCAGAAGCUCGAAUCAAACGGCCACUGAUCAAAGUUUCUGUGCCUUUAAAUUGGAUUGAGUCAUUAUGACAUCACUUCCUGUUUAGACAACUUAUAUAAAUCCACGAUGUUGCCUUCAGGGUCAUUGGGAGUUAUGGCUUCCUGCUCUGUAACCGCAGCCUCUAGACAGUUUCCAGAAGUUUCCAUCAGCAGGUUGAACCUUCGGUCACGAUUCUAACGUUAAACCUCUCAGAGCCCGAAAACGGACCGAACUGGUUCUGGACUGGAUUCUGGUUCUAAACCAGGACUGGGUAUUCCUCCCUCUUCAAGGCUUCCUCCUGAAAUAAAACUAUGCUAAUCAGGCUCCGCCUCCACCAAUUAGAAGCCACCUGGAAACACCCAUCUUUAUUUUUGUUCUUCACCUUGGAAUGUUUGCUCUGAUGAAUGUAUGGUCGCCGUGGUGCAUUGUGGGAAAUCUAAAAUAUUUUUAAUGUGGAGCAGUGCAUGCUGGGGUGUGGGGGAGGAGCUUAAUCUCUAUUUAUUCUGAAAGUGUGACAGGAAGUUGUAGCAUGAAUAAACAAAUAAACCAA